AUGUGCAGGGACCAGAGGCCACCUUUGUUGGAAGUGAAGAGGAACGUAGAACUGAAGACGACCCUGGUCAAGUCCUCCUCCCGAGUGCCCCUGUCAGCGAGCAGGCUCAAGAGGGGUCCUGACCAGAUGGAGGAUGCCUUGGAGCCUGCAAAGAAACGGACACGAGUCAUGGGUGCAGUGACCAAAGUUGACACAUCCCGUCCCAGAGGACCCCGCCUCAGCACAGUGUCACAGACGCAGGGCCACACUGCAGCUCAGAAAGGCCCUAAGAAGACAGGACCUCGUGGGUGCUCUACUGUUGGUGCAGUGCCCAUGUUAGCAUCCACUGCUCCUGUGGUGGUAGGGAAGAGACCUGGCAAACGCCCUGCCUGGGACCUGAAGGGCCAGUUGUGUGACCUCAAUGAAGAGUUGAAACGCUAUCGGGAGAAGACUCAAACGCUGGAACUGGAGAACCGGGGUCUUCAGGAGCAACUCAGAGAGGUCCAGGAGCAAGCCACGACCCUGGGGACAGAGCAGAGCACCCUGGAAGGGGAGCUGGCCAGUGUACGCAGCCAAGCUGAGCAGGACCAGCAGAGGCUGGAGANGCUGAGUGCCCGUGUCUUGGAGCUGGAGGAAAGUCUGGGUACCAGGGAAAGGCUGCUUCAGGAGCUUCAGAGAGAGCGGCUGCAGUUACAGGAGGAGCGGAGCACACUGAGCACCCAGCUGGAGGAGCAGGAGAGGAGGUUUCAGGCCUCAGAAGCAGCUCUGUCAAGCAGCCAAGAAGAGGUGUUGUGUCUUCGGCAGAAGACUGAAGCCCAGGUGACCUUGCUGGCUGAGCAAGGAGACCGGCUCUAUGGGUUAGAGAUGGAGCGGCGGCGACUCCACAACCAGCUGCAGGAACUGAAGGGCAAUAUCCGGGUGUUCUGCCGUGUACGCCCUGUCCUUGAAGGGGAAUCCACUCCAUCUCCUGGCUUCCUCGUGUUUCCUCCUGGCCCUGCUGGACCCUCUGAUCCCCCGACUGGCCUUAGCCUCUCACGAUCUGAUGAUCGGCGCUCCACCCUGACUGGGGCCCCUGCACCCACUCUCCGCCAUGAUUUCUCCUUUGAUCGGGUGUUCCCGCCGGGAAGCAAGCAGGAGGAAGUGUUUGAAGAGAUCGCCAUGCUUGUCCAGUCAGCACUGGAUGGCUACCCUGUGUGCAUUUUUGCCUAUGGACAGACAGGCAGUGGCAAGACCUUCACUAUGGAAGGAGGGCCUAGGGGAGACCCCCAAUUGGAAGGGCUGAUCCCUCGGGCCAUGCGGCAUCUGUUCUCUGUGGCCCAGGAGAUGAGCGGCCAGGGCUGGACAUACAGUUUUGUGGCGAGUUACGUAGAGAUCUACAAUGAGACCGUUCGAGACCUGCUAGCUACUGGGCCCCGCAAGGGACAAGGGGGCGAGUGUGAGAUCCGUCGCGCAAGCCCAGGGAGUGAGGAGCUUACUGUCACCAAUGCCCGCUAUGUCCCUGUUUCCUGUGAGAAAGAGGCAAGUAGGAACUGAGCUGGGGGAGCGGGCAGAAGCUCAGCAGGGACGGAGGAUGGGCUGUGAGNGUGGCAGCGCCUCCGACUGAGAGGGUGGACUGCGAGGAGGAGUGGAGAGGGGUGACACACUCUGCCAGGUGAGUCUCAGGACUCACUU